AUGAAUGAGAUUUUAUUGAAUGACUUUGACACUCGUAGUAAUGCGAUCCAAUGGAAAUUUAAAAAUUAUUCUGAAUAUGCGGAUUCACGCAAAUAUGAAGCAGAUACAGUUAGCAUACCAGAAUUUAUAGAUAAUAAUAAUAGCAAUGAUGAAUUAGAAGAUACAAGGUAA